UUUAUAACUUGUCUGAGUAUAAAUUAUUAAAAAAAAAUUUGAUUCCUAUUUUACCACACAUAAUAAAAUCGAACAGAAAAAUAAGGCAAGAAAAAAUAUAUUCAGGUCGGCGAAUUUAAACGUACUUUUUAAACUUGUAGUUUACGUCUAAAAUAAAAAGUAUUCAAUAUGAAAGCCGUAACCGUUUACUUUAUAAUAUGUUUCCUAUUUUUAUCGUUGUAUGUACAAAAAGGUGCAAAUGAAAAAUGCGAUAACUUAAAUAAAGGUGAUAUAGUUGGUGUUUUUAUGACUAAUACGUUCAAAAUGGCUUAUGAUGAGGUAUUAGAAGAAGGAAAAUCUCCGUUCGGAGAUCAAGAAAUUUGUGAAUAUUUUGGUUAUAAAGACGUUGACUUUGAGACGUACAAAACCAAUGUGGUGAAAUAUCUCGGAAAUCUGAGUCCAGGUGUGAUUAUAAAAAGUGAAUCUUUAGCAAAGGGUGACUUAAUUGGUGCUGUAUCACCAAAUACUCCUGGAAUAACUUAUAGAGUGGUAAAGCAAGAUGGUGAAUAUCCGUUUGAUAAUGAAACGAUGGUUGCAUAUUAUAGUACCGCGCAUCCCGGCUAUAUGACCAUGCUGAAAAAAUAUCUUAGAGAACCAGCACCGCUUUGGGUAACUGAUAUGGCUGACGAACUGCACCUAUUAUAUAAUAGUUAGUUUUUAUAAUAACUG